AUGCGCACUGAUGUUAAACUAGUCGAAACCAAGGCCAUCAAGGCUCAUUACGUGACAUUGAGUCACUGCUGGGGAGACCCAGACCUCCAACCUCUCAAGACGACACGUUCUAGCUUGGAUAAUAUGCUUAGACGGAUUCCAUUCGGAGAUCUGCCCGUUGUCUUUGCUGAAGCAAUUACAGUAGCACGCAAAUUGGGAAUCCGAUUCAUCUGGAUCGACUCGCUAUGUAUCGUCCAGGACAGUCCGGAGGACUGGGAAGAGGAAGCUGCAAAGAUGGGCGACUACUAUUCGAACUCUUUCCUAACCAUAUCGACUGCCUCCUCCCCGAGCCAUAACGUUCCCUUCCUCACACAACGCGACCCCAAAUGGUCACCUAUCUCGUUCCCCGUUCGGGUUGGUGGGAAGCCACACAAGAUUUUUGUGAAGUGGAUACAAUUAUCAUCUACGUCCCCAGCUGAAAUGACUGGGAAGCUCACUACGCGGGCUUGGGCUUACCAGGAGUCAGUGCUAUCACCGCGAGCUAUUCAUUUCAACAAUGAUGGCCUGGCCUGGACCUGCCGAGAUGAGAUAGUAGGAGAACACCAUUUUCCAGAACGAUUCUCGUCCGACAAUUCCAUCUCUCCAUCUAUACAGCGUCUGUUCUUCAAAGGCCACCGACAAUAUCUGUUCUGGGAGAGUGCUGUCCAUGCGUACAGCCAACGAGACCUCACUUACAUACAGGACAGACUCCCGGCAAUCAGUGGGAUAGCGGCACUCUAUGGAAGGAUGACGGGCGCCAAAUACCUGGGUGGCCUUUGGGGUGAUUCUCUGCUGGCACAGCUGUGCUGGUAUCGAAUGCGGUGGCUCAGAGACGAGGUCCUGCAGCCGCAAGUGGCGGAGUAUCUGGGGCCUUCCUGGACAUGGGCUUCUAUUGUCUGGCGUGUCCAAUGGCAAGGUAGUACCCGGUACGCCAGCGAUACUCUAGAGCAACAUUUUGGUGAAGAAGCGUCGGUCGUAGAGGCAGCUUGCACUGUCAAAGGGAGUAACCCUUAUGGUGUCGUGAGCGCUGGACACAUCAUCCUGGAGGGGUUUGUAUUGCAUGGUCUUCUCAAGAGCGGUUCUGGGCCACUAACCUCCGACUUUAACUAUCAUCUGUCAUGGGGCAGAUCAUGGCUACUGGAUGUCGACUGUCUCUUGGAACAGGAUGGAGAGAGCGUCAAGAGAUACAAGGGAACGGCUAGCUUAGGCCAGAUUCCGCCUCGGGUAUCGGGCAAGGUAUGGUGCCUCCUGGUAGGCACCUUCAUGUAUAGAAUGGCCGGCACCGAUCACAUCAGCAGCAGCGAUCUGUCGUCUUCGGAGCGCGACGGUCCUGAAGACGACGGCACCAGCCCACAAGAAGACGUUUGGGUCACGACUGACGGCGAGAGCUGCUCGUCGGGCAGCGAGCCGUCGAAACCUCCUCCUCCAGCAGGACACGGCGAUAGGGGCGGCGACGGAGCUGUUGCUGCGCCUCCGCGAGAGAACCAGACACGUGAAAGCAGACGGCUGGCUUCGGGAGCAGUCGACUCGGUACCAUCCGCUCGGCCCAACGGGGUCUCCAUGUUCCUUGUCUUGGGCAGAUCAGGAGGCGACUACACCCGGCUGGGCCUGGCGAAGUGCAAGUUCCACACCGCGAUGACCAUGAUACGUGGGCGCAGGGCGAAGAGGGCCACGGUCAAGAUUGUGUGA